AUGCGAACUUCGAUAUUUGCUCUAGCUCCUCUAGCUUCAGUCGCGUCGGCGGCCCGCUUCAUCCUGCUCAUCCCCAACACUCCUCUCGUGAACCCGUCAUCGCUCCCAUCUAGCACCCACGCAACGCUCCAGUCCUCCGGACCCCCGCUAGACGCCUACAUAACGCGCUCAAACUCGUUUAACUUCAACAAUGUCUCCGUCGGAAGCUACCUCGCUACCAUUCACAGUCGCGACUAUGCAUUCGAGCCAUUGCGCAUAGACGUCACCCUCGAAGAAGCGGUUGAAGGCAGUGGAGACAAGAGGGAGAAGGUGCACGCGUGGCAGACGUUUAUUGGCAAUGAAUGGGAUAACAAGGGAGAGCCUAGAGGAGAGGGUGGGAAUGGACUGGUAAUCGAGGUUCCACCUAAGGCUCCGAAGGAGUACUUCCAAGAGCGGGCUGGAUUCUCUCCUUUGUCGUUCUUGAAAAACCCUAUGAUCCUGAUGGGUCUCUUCACACUGAUCAUGGUCUUUGGCAUGCCGUACUUGAUGGACAACAUGGACCCAGAAACCAAGGCUGAAUUCGAAGAGAUGCAGAAGAAGGGCGUCAUGGGUUCAGGCAACACCAAUACCGCGCAGCAGAUUCAAAACUUCGAUCUCGCCUCGUGGAUGGCGGGAAAGACAGACACUCCUCCCCGUGGCCCGAGUCCCGCUCCACAGUCUCAGGGGAAGAAGCGGGGUUGA